UCUAAUAUGGACGUUGUGUCAAAUAGUUUCGAAGGAGGUGAUUAACACUCAGGAAAUUGAUUUAAGAAAUAUUGAAUAUUGUGGUACGGUGUUAAGUAGUAAAUAUCAAUAAAGAAUAUGGUUUGAUUUUUGCUUUCUUGUAUUUUCUUGUGUUUGCGUCCAGUUAUGUGAUAUGAUGCUCCAUGCAUGUGUUAAUGUCAAGACAUCCUUGGGAUGUAGAAAGCAACUCGCCAGUCGGAAGUGGAUCAAGAAAAAUUAGUUGAGUGAGGACCUGCCCCGCACACAGCCAUGGCCGGCAGAUGACUGUGUCUGCGCGCUAGUGCCGGUCAACAUGAGCGAAGUAGCUGCCGCCAUCAUCACCAAGCGACAGAAGCUUACAGCAGUUCCCCCGGUGCACUGCCGCACGCGUCUCGGCAACCACCAGCGCAACCUGAGCCUCGACUUCAGGUCCAUGGGCAUCCUGCUGCCGCCGGUGUCGCAGGUCACGCCCGCCCUCAGCAUGCACCAGCGCAACCGCAGCCUGGACUCAGCCCUGCAGAGGAUCCCGGAGGUGGACGUGACCCCCAGUCCGGAGAUCGAGGUGCGCGGCGGCCAGGAGGUCUCCAGCCUGGGCUCGGACGACUCCGGCAUCCUGUGUGGCUCCGACAGUGGCGCCUGCAGCCGCGAGAGCCUGGACUCCACCCUGGCGGAGCAGGCCCCCGCCCCCGAGCCGGCCCCCGCCCCCGUCCCCGCCAAGGGCUUCCUGCUGCGCCUCUUCGAGAGCCGCAUGUUCGACAUGGCCAUGGCGAUCACCUACCUCUUCAACUCCAAGGAGCCGGGCGUGCAGAGCUACAUCGGCAACAAGAUGUUCAGCUUCCCCGACCAGGACGUGGACUUCUACUUGCCGCAGCUGGUGUGCAUGUACGUGCAGAUGCACGACGUGGCUGAGGUCAUCCACCCGUACCUCGUGCACAGGUGCCGGCGCUCCCCGGACUUCUCCCUGAAGUGCGCCUGGCUGCUGGACGCCUACAGCUCGGACGCGCCGCUGCCCACCAAGAGGAAGUCGCACGGCACCAAGCUGAGGAACCUGAUCCUGUCGGACGAGCUGCGGCCCCGGGGUCGGCCCCCGCCGCCCCCGGCGCCCCCCGCCUCGCCGCCCGCGCACCGGAGGACCCACCAGAGGUCCUGGUCCGACGCCACCGGCCUGUUCCCCGCCCACAAGCGGCUGCUGGCCCCCGGUAACAACCGCGUGUGUCUGGGGGACCUGAGCUCUGGCAGAGCCUUCGACAACGGCUGCACGUGCUUCGACAGUUGCCAGGGCGUCGUCAACGACCUGCGCGGCCGUCGCACGGACUGUACCUGCAACGCCCCGCGCCUGGCCCCCGAGCUGCACCUGGUGCAGGCCCUCAUCUCCGUGGGCAAGCUGCUGGGCACCAUCCCCACCAAGGAGGCCAAGACGACGCGGCUGCUCGCGGAGCUGGCCACGCUCAACCUCAACCUGCCGGCCCGCGUCUGGCUGCCCAUUCACAGCCACCUGCCGCACCACAUCGUGCGCUUCCCCCCUCACGUGUCUGUGGUGCUCAACUCCAAGGACAAGGCGCCGUACCUGGUGUACGUGGAGGUGCUGGAGGUGGACGACACCCACACGUCGCCCGUGCCGGCCAAGACCAUGAACACGCUGCGCCACACCAAGUCGGAGGAGAACCUGGCGGCGGGCGACGCGACGGGCCCGGCCGAGCCCCCCUCCCUCGCCUCCUUCAACGUGUACGGCAACCCCGACCCCGAUGAGACCGGCGACUGCUGGUCCCAGGAGGACGACGACAUAUCCCAGCAGUACCUGCAGCUGCGCAAGCCCGUGGACCGGGACACCAUCUCGCAGCUGAGCCAGGAGUCGAGCGACUCCCGCGAGCCCGUGCUGGUGGCGGCGGGGGACAUCCGGCGCCGGCUGUGCGAGUCGGUGGCCGACCAGCGGCGGGCGGCCUUCACGCACGACCCCGAGGACCCCUCGGCGGCCGCGCUGAAGGAGCCCUGGGCGGAGAAGGAGCGGCGCGUGCGCGACGCCUCCCCGUACGGCCGCUGCGCGUCGUGGCGCCUGCUGUCGGCCAUCGUCAAGUGUGGGGACGACCUGCGGCAGGAGCUGCUGGCCUCGCAGCUGCUCACCAUGCUGCAGCGCAUCUGGCAGGCGGAGCACGUGCGCCUCUGGCUGCGUCCCUACAGGAUCGUGUGCCUGUCCAACGACAGCGGCCUGAUAGAGCCCAUCCUGAACACGGUGUCCCUGCACCAGAUCAAGAAACACUGCCAGCUGUCGCUGCUGCAGUACUUCACCCGUGAGUUCGGACCCCACAAUUCAGAGGCCUUCCUCACCGCCCAGAAGAACUUCGUAGAGAGCUGUGCGGCCUACUGCCUGGUGUGCUACCUCGUCCAGGUCAAGGACAGGCACAAUGGCAACAUCUUGCUGGACAACGAAGGUCACCUCAUCCACAUAGACUUUGGCUUCAUGCUGUCGACCUCCCCACGCAACCUGGGCUUCGAGACGUCUCCGUUCAAGCUGACGCCGGAGUUCGUGGAGGUGAUGGGCGGGCCGGGCUCCGACAUGUUCGAGUACUUCAAGAUCCAGAUCCUGAAGGGCCUGGUCGCCACCAGGAAGCACAUGGACAAGAUCCUGGGGCUGGUGGAGAUCAUGCGCUCAGGCUCGCAGCUGGCGUGCUUCAAGUCGGGCGCGGCGACGGUGCAGGGCCUCAAGAACAGGUUCCACCUGAGCCUGACGGAGGAGCAGCUGCAGCUGCUGGUGGACAACCUGGUGGAGGCCAGCAUCCACUCGCUCACCACCAAGCUGUACGACGGCUUCCAGUACCUCACCAACGGCAUCCUCUAGGCAGUCAGCGUCAGUGUCGCAGUCUUGGCUGAAUGAGGACUGAACCUUCCACGCGGACAGUCACGCCUCUGUGCCACACAACAGUCUUUGGUUUAUUCCUAUCGUGUGUGCGAUGUGAUGUUGAAAUAUUGAAACACUUGCAUUUCGUACGUGAAGAAGCGAGGAUUUAUUCUCAAUGUCCAUCAGUGUAAAAAAAAUUUAAAAAUACUCAUUUCAACUAUUUUUGUCAUGUCGUACAUAGCAGAGAGUUUAUAUAAUUCUUAAUUGUAAUCUUUUGUGAUGGUCUGAAGAUUCUUUCGUAUUCCUUGUGUACGUUCCAUGUUCAUUUGAAGUUUGUGAAUACACAUACAAUACCGUAUUAUAGUAAAAUGGUAAUUAAUUUUUGACUUAAUAUGUUACAUAGUGUAUGUAGUAUUUUAUACUUAUUGCUAGUGUUAGCAAAAGCAAUGCAGAAAUAUCAUAUGUUAAUAGUAAGGUUAAAAUAAAUACUGCUUACGUCCAUUUUAUAAACUGGGGUAUGGAAUAGUUAGUAUCUUUGCUCACUAUCAGUCAUUUUUCAUGAACUGUACAACAGAAUCCUUGUGUUUUGUACAUUUUGUUACAAGUUGAAUUUAUGAAAUGUGUAUGUAACAUGUUUAAAAAUAUAAGUUACCCAGUGACAUUGCAAUGUUUCUGGGAAACCAUUUUAGAUUCUUAAUUUAUCGAUAUUAAAAAUAUGUUUUGAGUAUUAAUUGGUAAACUUCUUGCUGUGUUUAAAUUAUAUGAACUUGAUCAUGUGAAACUACUGGUUUAAGGUGCAUAUCUUGACAACCAAAUACAAUACUAUUAUAUGUUUCAUUA